AAAUACCUCCCAAAAAAGGUCAGCCUUCCUCCUCUAAAGUUGUUGUCAGCCAAUGAGGAGCAUUAGAGAAGAUAACGCCACCAGGCCGGUGGAUUACUGUAAUCUCAUCACUUCACAUUUUGAGCGCAAGAAGAGGAAGAUGAAGGUCCCCACUGGUUCAGCGGCCGUCCUCUUCCUCCUCAUUCUGUGUCAGGCCCUGACCGCCGUAGACACUCAGGAGGAAGAGGAGAUCCUCCAUGAGGAGGAGCAGCAGAUCUUGGAGACCUGGACCGGGAACGUCCAAACGUGCACCUGUGACUGUGAAUCGCCCACGCGAUUCCCGCCCACCGACGCCACCACCUCGCCUCAAUCACCAUUGACAGCGCCUCCUCAAGGUCACCUGCUGACUUGCAUGCCAGAGUGUCCGUACCACAAACCGCUGGGCUUUGAAUCUGGAUCAGUGACGUCGGAGCAGAUCAGCUGCUCCCAUCAGGACCAGUACACCAGCUGGUACUCCUCCUGGGUCCCCAACAGGGCCCGCCUCAACAACCAGGGCUUUGGGUGCGCUUGGCUCUCCAAGUUCAACGACCAGUACCAGUGGAUCCAACUGGACUUGAAGGAAGUGGGCGUGGUGUCAGGCAUUCUCACGCAGGGACGCUGCGACGCAGACGAGUGGAUGACCAAGUACAGCAUCCAGUACCGCACCGUGGAGACGCUCAACUGGGUCUACUACAAGGACCCGACUGGCAACAACAGGGUGUUUUACGGGAAUUCGGACCGCUCGUCCACCGUUCAGAACCUGCUGCGUCCACCCAUCGUGGCCCGCUUCAUCCGCCUGCUUCCUCUGGGCUGGCACACCCGCAUCGCUGUCCGCAUGGAGCUGCUCAUGUGCAUGAAUAAGUGUGCUUGAAUGUUUAACGUGUCGACCAUGCAGGCUUGGAGGGAAUACACAAUCUCCCCUGGCAUCAGACAGCACUUUGACAAGAGAAUAUACAGUAUAGCAUAAAGAACUAAUUCAUACUAGACACUACUUCACACUAACACAACUACAGUACUUUCAAAACUGCCUCCAAUGAAAGUCGAAACGCGGAAAGAAACAUUUCCGUCAAAUCAACUCAAGCUGGACUAUUCCACAAUUAAAGUCCAAAUCUUGCAAGAAUCUUUUUUUUUCUGUUGUUUGACUUAAACAAGUAAGUGUCUCACAAGAGCCAAGUCUUUCACAUCUGCAUCAUACAACAAAGUAAUAAUAUCACAUGAAUAAAGUUAUACUUAUUCAAGACAAUGUCAUCAUCUUAUAAGUUCAUUUUAGUUGCCAGUAAAAAACGUUACAUGCAUAAGUAUUGUGGCACUCAAGGGUCUUGCUUUGCAGAGAUCAACUUUUUAGUGGGGCGGCACGGUGGUCUAGGGGGUAGGGGUUAGCGUGCAGACCUCACAGCCAGGAGACUGAAGUUCAAUUCCACCCUCGGCCAUCUCUGUGUGGAGUUUGCAUGUUCUCCCCGUGCAUGCGUGGGUUUUCUCCGGGUACUCCGGUUUCCUCCCACAUUCCAAAAACAUGCUAGGUUAAUUGGCCACUCCAAAUUGUCCAUAGGUAUGAAUGUGAGUGUGAAUGGUUGUUUGUCUAUAUGUGCCUUACGCCCGAAGACAGCUGGGAUAGGCUCCAGCACCCCCCGCGACCCUCGUGAGGAAAAAGCGGUAGAAAAUGAAUGAAUGAAUGAACUUUUUAGAGUGAGAGUGAGAGAGAGUGAGAGUGAGAGAGAGAGCGAGAGAGACAGGGAGGGAGAGAGAGAGAGAG